GGUCUACAAUGAGGAGAUCCACAAGGAGGUCAUCCAUGGGGAUAGGAUUAGGCGUCGAUGAACGCCUCGAUUCAAAACCGACUGGGAGUUUUAGUACAAGAUUUUCCUUGUCGUCAUUUGUUAAGCGAGUUGACAAACUCACCGAUGAUCAAAGAACUGCGAUAAAGAAAGUUGGUUUUGGCAAUUUGCUUUUGAUACCUAAUCAGAUGCUGAGCAAGAGUUUGCUGGUAGAAUUGAUGGAGACAUGGAAUUCCGAGGAACUUGGUUUUAUGCUGCUUCCUGGUAUUGUCAAAAUUACUCUGAUGGACGUUGCUUUAAUUUUGGGGAUUCAUGUGGUUGGUGAUCCUAUACUGCUUAGGGAGGAUCAAGCCUUUUCGAAUCUUGAAACUAAUUAUGGAGCUUCUUUAUGGAAGAGGAAGAUCACAAUUGCAUCCCUUGAAAGUAGACUCGAUUCGCUUGGACAAGUAGUUAACGAAGACUUUGUUAGGACAUUCAUUCUCUUCACAUUUGGCACUAUUCUUUUUCCCAAUGCAAAUGGAAAAGUGGAAUCCCGUUACCUUCAUUUUCUGAAAAAUGUGGAUGAUAUUGGUCGCUUUGCGUGGGGUGCAGCUGUUCUCGAGGACAUGGUUAUGUGGUUGAACAAAAGAAAAGAGUCAAGUGUGCAAUAUGUUGGAGGUUGUCUUAUACUUCUUCAAAUAUGGUGUUAUGAGCACAUUGACCUUGCUCGGUCAGACUUGAAAGAGCGGCAGUCAAUGUUUCCCCGUGCAUGCAAAUGGGAAAAUAGCAAGUCUCGUCAGAGACAAUGGUUCGCUGCAAGAUUUAAGGAACUGCAGGAUUAUCAGAUAACAUGGCAUCUUCAACCAACUGCUGAGGAGUUACAAUUUGAUGUUAUCAAUGAGUUAUUGGAGGUUGAGAGCUCCAGUAUAGACAACUCCUCAGACCCCGGUUCAAUUAUUGGUGUUAGUGGACACGAAGUAGAAUCAGUCGAGCAUAAUUCCUGUAAAGUACAAGAAGGAAAAGGGAUUAAUUUGAAGCGGUCAACAGUGUCACAAAAUAUACCAAAACUGCAAACAAUGGGGAUUCCAUCAACUUCAGGUUCUUUGGCGCUAGACAAGGAUUCUGUGGAGAUAUUAUCAGAGUGCCAAUCAGAGAAAUUGAUUACUAGCAAGGUUGUUGGUCUUCUUCCCCUAGAAUCAGACGUGACUAAUACCGGUGAAGUACAACUACAAAAGGGACAAGAGGUUCAUCUGAAGCAGUCAACACCAUCUCAAUAUAUACCAGAAGUGGAAACAGAGGCCAUGGAGUUUCCAUCAGUUGUGCGUGUUUCAGAGUUAUGCAAGGUUGUUGGACUUCAUAUAGAAUCCGGGGAGAGUAGUAUUGGUAAAGUAGAAGUACAAAAUGGACAAGAGGUUAACUUGGACAAGUCAACACUGCAACAUUUACCAGAAGUGCGAGGAGAGGCCACGGCUUUUCCAUCAAUGCCGUGCGUUUCCGGAUUACGUAUGGAAUGUGUGGAGCCAUCAUCACAGUGUCAUAAUUCGGAUAAAUUUGCAAGUGGCAAUGAAGUUGAAUUGAUGAAGAGGAAUCAGGUAUUGGAAACUGAAAAUACAGAAUUGAGGAAAGAAAUAGAGGCUUUAAAAUUGGAAAACAGACAAAUGAAAAUGCAGAUUUAUUCCGCUAAUGAUUUGGUGACACGACUGGAGGGGCUUGUAAUGGAUGAGACAUCCUAAUCACUAUUUAGAUAGGAAAUAUUUAACUAAAGCUUUUGUUCCUUUUAUUUUUCUGUAAAAUUUAAUAAUAGUAAUUGG